AUGGCGUGCUCUCUGUGCUCGCCGCGGGUGGUGGACGAGAUAACCCCACUUCGAUUAUCACUCAAUGUUCUCGGCAACAGCAGCAGCAGCAGGAGCGGCAGUGGCCGUGGCAGUGGCCGUGGCAGCGGCAGUGGCAGGAUCAAAAGCAAUCAACAGACAAACGCCACCGCAGCAGCGAACAGGGCCACACCCAACGCCGAUGAGGCAUCGUCACCACAGGCCGGAGCCGGAGCCGGAGCUGGAGCCGGUGCUGGUGCUGGUGCCGCUCAUGUGGUCACCUUUCUGGAUGAUACGGCAAGCGGCAGUAACGGCACCGUAACCAGCAGCCGGAUAGUGACCACGGCCGAACUGCAUCAGGCCCACAUGCUGGAGCAUCACUCCAAUCUGGAUGCCAUUGAGCAGGCGGACGAUUUCAUCUACGGACCCGGUGCGGGCCUAUCACUGUGCGAUGAUAGCCUGCCCUCGGCCAAGAACUGCUACCGACUGGUCAUGCUCGGCUCAUCACGCGCCGGCAAGUCAUCGAUUGUGGCACGUUUCCUGGGCAAUCGGUUCGAGGAGGCAUACACGCCGACCAUCGAGGAGUUUCAUCGCAAAUUGUAUCGCAUACGAAACGAGGUCUUUCAAUUGGACAUUUUGGAUACUUCUGGCUAUCAUCCGUUUCCCGCAAUGCGUCGUUUGUCAUUUCUAACUGGGGAUCUCUUCAUACUCGUCUUCAGCAUGGAUAGCCGCGAGUCCUUCGAAGAGGUUGUGCGACUUCGCGAGAACAUCCUGGAGACCAAGUGGGCGGCCCUCAACCCCGGUUCGGGCUUCAAGAAGAAGAGUCUACCGAAGAUACCCAUGAUACUGGCGGGCAACAAGUGUGAUCGUGAUUUCAAGACCGUGCAGCUGGACGAGGUGAUGGGCUACAUCGCUGGCCAGGACAACUGCUGCACCUUCGUGGAGUGCUCGGCGCGCCAGAACUAUCGCAUCGAUGAUCUUUUCUAUGCGUUGUUCAUGGUCUCCAACCUGCCGCUGGAGAUGACGCCGAACCACCAUCGACGGCUGGUGUCCGUCUUCGGAGCGCCCUCGCCUCUGCCGCCGCACGGAUCCGCUGUGGGCGGCACCAAGAAGAAUGCCCUCUCGAUCAAGCGGCGGUUCAGUGACGCCUGCGGUGUGGUCACGCCCAACGCGCGCCGGCCCAGCAUCCGCACGGACCUGAAUUUGAUGCGGUCCAAGACGAUGGCCCUCAACGAGGGCGAGAGCGUGCGCACCAACUCCCGCUGGAACCGCUGCGCUCUGAUGUAGACACCAGAGCGGUGUGAUAGUAGUAUGAGCGGGAUCCAAGCGGGAUCCGGACGGACUGGCGGCCAUGCAUGGCCAUGCCGUAUUUAAUUAUAAACGCAGCGUUUGGGUGAUUUCGAUAUUAUGCUGUAAAUACUAGUAGAGGGCCAGAAGUGUUUGUGUUUGAUCUAUUAAUUAAUUAAAAAUGCAUUUAGCAUUUACUCGCAAUCAUUAUCGUACUACUGUGAACAUAGCAGAGCAAGCAGAGCGUAUUAUAUAACAGCUAUGCCAUGCAUAAUUAGUCACUGACUCGCGGACUGCAUUCCAUUCCAUUCC